AUGGUAGCUUCCAGUGCUGGCAGCGAUUCAGCUUCACCGCAGACGCCAGAGCCCGAACCUGCAGAGACCGUGCCAAAGUGCAUAACAAAUACCAUCUUCCAUACAAACGGUCCACCCAGUUCUACAAAUCCCUCGGAUGACACCGAUGCCCCCAGCAUGGAAUUCUCGUCUGUUACCGCCGACUCUACGCCUUGUCUAGAUACAACACCACCGCCUACCGGAACUUCAGCUACUCAAUCUGCAGGUGAAGAGACUGGAGUUAUUUCAACAUCUUCCGUCGCGCAAGCGGAACGACUAGCAGUACCGAAUCUAGGGAAUAGUCUACUACGUCUCCGGCGCUUUUUGCCGCUGUUCCCUAGGGAUAACGAGCAAAAUCGGCAUUUGCUUCCUUCUCUGAUCAUACCGACUGCGACAACGAAGAAUAAUGACGCGGAUAACAGCUACAGUGUAAAGGUUCUGAGUACGACCAGCAGCAAUGCCGCGGUGCGUCGAGAAGUCCAGCAUUGGAAUUUCAUAGGCAAACCGAAUCCCGCAGUGCCUUCGAAGAUCCGUGAACGCCGUGAAGUGCCUGUUCAAGCACCUUCUCCGCCAGGUACAGAGGUAAUGAAGACAUACUGGGACGCAUAUUGGGAUUUCCGGCUACUAAUCAUACAAAUGUGCUUCUCCGUCAAGUCAGAAAAACCCCCGACAUCUGGGGAUGUCAAGAUGGGCGAAACGCUUAACAAGGCCAUAUGCGAUACCUUCGAGCAGGAGUUUCCAGCAAUAAGCGAAGGAGCAAAAUGCGACCACAAGGACUCUUUCGAGAGGCUGAAUAACAUGGUUAAGGCAUUGUGUGCCUUGGCUAAGGAAGGCGAAAAGUAUGUUCAAAGUCUGGCUUUGCUUUGCCACGUCCAAGACACUCUUAAGGGGAAGGUGUAUGAAUGUGGAGGGGAAGAAGGAGGAGGGGUGGUAUCCGGCACAGGUACGAUGAUUGCCGCGUCCUUGAUGGAGACCUUCGAUAGCGGACCAUCGAUAACUAAGGAAGAGCCUGCACCAAGUGCAGACGUCGAAGCCACCCCAGAUAGUAGCCACAUUGCGUCUGAUGUUCCCAGCUUUUCGCUACAACAAAACGCCGUGGCGGAUGCAAAUCUUCCUCCUGUCAGUACAUCUGCUAGUCUCGUUGCUUUGGCUAGUGAGCCUCAACUCAUAACCUCCGCCGCCAGUCUUGUCCCAUCGCCCGUCCUCCCCACUCCUCCCGUUUCCGGAAACUCACCAGUUCCAGUUUCUCUGGCACCACCCCCAGACAUCAAUGCAGUACCACCACAUCACUCUAACACGCCACCAGCCGACUGGACAAUCCCCAUGUUGACUUAUACCACACAACCAUACACGGAUGCUGAUGAAUAUACCUUGUUACGUACCGUGCCAACUGAUGGCGUGGCCCAAGCGCCAAUCUAUUCAGGAGAACAUCUUUCGAGAGACUGGCCAGAUCUUUUCCCAUUCUCGAUCCCCACGGGUUACGUGGCUCCCAACAUCGUACCCGCAGAGCCCCAGAUCGGCCACCUGACAGAGUUUGGUCCCGGUGGCGUCGGAGCCUGUGGUGGUCCUGACAUGAAAAGCAAUGAGCUUGCUGUCGCCGUCAGCUGGGUGCUGUUCCAGAUGGACCGAGAAAUUGGGGGAUCUCCCUUGGAAGAGAACUGGGUCUUCCUAGGAACACAUGACGACGGCAGGGACAUGAGAUUGAGUGCUCUGUGUUUUCGAGGCAUUAGAAUGUGGAUGGCUGAUGAUCAGGGUAAGAAACUGGUGGAGCAGGAGGUCGUAGUGAGAGACAUGUGCACAGCAUGUAACGUGACGCAUUUGGACAUGCAAAAGGGCACAUUCGACAAGUACUGGGAUGGCGGUGGAAAGGGUAGAAUCAGUGUCACAUGGGAAUGGAUGCAGGAGGCACCUACUGACGUGCCAGGAUAG